UGUUGUUUCACCCCCCUCAGUCCGGACACCAGGAGACAUGUGUUAUUUAUUGCUCAGCUGUGGGAGAAGACGAACGAACUCGCAGCCGGCUCUGGAAAUAGAGGAUUAAAAUAAAGCGCGGAGUCGAUUCGGCAACUCGAGGAAAGGAAGCAGCAUUGUGUCUGAUCGCAGAGGACGCGAGAAUGGCGAGUCCGCCAAACACGGGAGACCAGUCGUUAAUACCCAGCAAUACGAACGCGAACAACGCUGUCAAGAAAUGCGGAUACCUAAAGAAGCAGAAACACGGACACAAGCGCUUUUUUGUUUUGAAAGAGCCGAGCGAAGGGUUCCCUGCGCGGCUGGAGUACUACGAGAGCGAGAAGAAAUGGAAAAACAAAUCGGCCGCGAAGAGAGUUAUUCCCCUCGACUGCUGCCUCAAUAUCAACAAGAGAGCGGACGCAAAACACAAAUAUCUUAUUGCUCUUUAUACCAAGGACGAAUAUUUUGCCGUAGCGGCAGAAAACGAGCAGGAACAAGAGAGCUGGUACCGGGUGCUGACGGAUUUAAUGGCAGAGGGGAAAGUGUAUGAUGGCUCGGCGUCUAACUCAGCGUCCUCGCUGGUUGGCUUCGACGAGGCGAGCUACGGUGUAAUAACGCCGGUUACCGCCGUCUACAAGGAGGUAUGGCAAGUUAAUCUGAAAUCUAAAGGCCUGGGGCAGAGCAGAAAUUUGACCGGGGUGUACAGACUGUGUCUCUCCAGCCGGACUAUCAGCUUCGUCAAGUUGAACUCCGAGGUAGCCUCCGUCAUCUUACAGCUGAUGAAUAUCCGGAGGUGCGGCCACUCUGACAGCUUCUUUUUCAUUGAGGUGGGUCGUUCUGCAGCCACGGGUCCCGGGGAGUUAUGGAUGCAGGCUGAUGACUCUGUGGUGGCACAAAACAUCCACGAAACUAUCUUGGAGGCGAUGAAAGCCAUGAAGGAGCUGUCGGAAUUCCGUCCGCGCAGCAAGAGCCAGUCGUCUGGGACAAACCCAAUCUCUGUGCCCACACGGAGGCACCUGAACAAUCUCCCCCCCAGCCAGACCGGGCUUCCUCGGCGGUCGCGCACUGACAGCAUGGCUGCGACCUCUCCUGUGAGCAAAUUUUCUUCCUGUCGAAUACGCACGGCAAGCGAGGGCGAUGGCACCAUGACACGCCCCAUGUCAGUGAGUGGGAGCCCGCUUAGCCCGGGGGUCCACAGGACCCUCCUGAGCAGAUCUCACACCAUCACAGCUCGCCCUUGUCGGACAUUUGAAUCCUCUUCCCUCCAGCACAGUAAGUCCAUGUCUAUGCCCCUGUCUCCCUCCCCACCCAUGGCCACCCCUAGCCUAGUGAGUCUUUCCUCCUGCCCAGACAGCAGUGCCCCUCGCCCCUCCAGCUGCAGUGCCUCCUUCUCAGGCUCACCCAGUGAUGCUGGUUUUAUAUCAUGUGAGGAGUAUGGCUCUAGUCCUGCAGAUGCACGGGACCUCAGGCUGCCACUCACCCUCCGUAGCAACACUCCCGAGUCCCUCAAAGCUGACACCCCCCCCUCCCGGGACAGCAGUGAGCUUGAAGGCUACAUGGUGAUGGAGCGACAGAACCAGAAUGGUUACCGUCGGUUACCGGACCUGGACAAGGCAUAUCGAAAGCGCACAUACUCCCUCACCACUCCCCGCCAGCAAAGGCCCCCUCCCCAAGUAUCUUCAGCCUCUCUGGAUGAGUACACUCUUAUGAGGGCCACGUACACCAGCGGAAGCCAGUCUUCUCGCAGGUGCCACACUGCCUCCCCUAAAGGGACCUAUCCUGAGGAUUACAGGGAUGUCCAUAUCGGAUCUAACAGUGUCCAAGCUGACAGUGGUUAUAUGCCCAUGAUGCCAGGUGUGACACCUCAGACGCCAGGGUCUAAAGAUGACCCCUACAUGCCCAUGAGCCCCAUGUGUGUUUCUGCUCCAAAGCAGAUCAUCAACCCCCAUUCGCACUCCUCUUCAGCAGGGCUGGCCCUACGCACAGACUCCCCCGGGAGUGUUUCUCUGGAGGAGAGUGGCUACAUGCGCAUGUGGUGCGGAACCAAGAUGUCAGUGGAGAGCACAGAUGGAAAGCUCACCAACGGAGAGUACCUGAAUAUGUCUCCUGUUGACCCUCUAGUGUCUCUCACACCCCCAGACUACAUCCUUAGUCCCUCAGGAGGAGAUCCCCACCCCCAACAACAUCACAGACAGCCUUAUUUUUAUAGCUCUCUUCCACGCUCACUUAAAGGCCCAUUGCAGCGCAACGGGUCCACAGACACAGACCAGUACGUGGUGAUGAAUUUACAGAGACAGCGGAUAGAAGAGGAGUCCAACUAUUGUCCUGUCUCUCCACGAGACUCGGUGGCCAGCAGCUCUCCGGUGACCUCCUCUGCCCCAUCUCCUCUCAGACUGGCUCGGUUAGAUGGAGGUCUGGUACACCGGAGUAGGGUGUGUCGGCCUACCCGCCUGGCUCUGGAAUCCCUCAGAACGUUACCAUGUAUGAGCGAACACCCCCUUCCAUCAGAGCCACGCAGCCCAGGAGAGUACAUCAACAUAGACUUUAGCAGUGUUACCUGUGACCCACAGGCAUCCACAGUGUCGGAGAGCUCUGAGUCUUCUGUGAGUUUAACAUGUGGGAAGAGAGGAUCCCUGCCACUCUCAGACUAUGCUAAUGUUGAUGUCAGUUCUCCAGGUCACCUUGGCUCAACCCAAGCUAGGGUUUCCCCCACUGCAGGGUGCCUAAACCACACACCUGAAGUCUUGUCUUGUCCUCUGGCGAGCACCCAGCAGGGCAUGCAGGAAGGCAAGGAGGAAGAAGGGGAAAAAAGCAAAGAGGGACAGACAGAGGAGAGGGGGAUGGUAGAGGAGUAUCCUCACCAACAGCAGGUGAGCCUGACGUGUCAGCCUGCUCCAGUUAAGGAUGACUACACUGAGAUGACUUUCAGUCCUCUUGCCCCUCUCCCUGCUCUCUGCACCACUGAUGCUGCUUCCCUCCCCACCAGCCCCACCGCAUGUGUCCAGAGACUCAGCCUUGAAAGCAGCAUUGUGGAAACGGUGCCCCAUGUCCCAGAGCACUCUUUUCUCAUGGGGGGUCCUUCGUUAUCUGUCACUCUCGUGGAUCCAAACAGGGGAGCCAAAGUGAUCAAGGCUGAUCCUCAAGGGCGUCGGCGGCACAGUUCUGAGACUUUUUCCUCCACCACCACUGUCACACCCGUGUGUCCAUCCUUUGCCCACGACACCAAACGGCACAGCUCCGCCUCUGUGGAGAAUGUGUCCCGCACUGUUCGCAGUUCUGAGGGACCUGACGAGGACUAUGGCAACAACAGCCCCAUGUGCAGGGAGACGUCAGCUGGUUAUCAAAAUGGACUUAACUACAUUGCCUUAAACUUGAUGGAGGGAAACUUUGGAGGAUGCCGGUUGGGGGGCUGUGAUGGACUCUUGAGGUUCAAGCCCGCCUGUGGCUGCAAGGGUGGCAUGAAUGGUUUCAACACCAGCCCCUAUGCCAGCCUGGGAUUCAAGGAGACUGCUGCUGCUGUGAAAGAAUGAAGGCUGAUGGAUCCCCCCCCCCC